CCAGCGAGUAAUCGCGUUGUUAACGGGUGAGGGCGUUUCGUUGAUGCGGCGGCUACUCGCUGGCGGAUGCGCACCUACGUGAAGUCAGCCGUCCGUCCGUCCGUUCGGCCGAGGGGCUUGUUAGGAGCGGUAAGGUUCGCAUGCGGUUUGCCCAGCAGGCGCUGUGUUUCUACUUGCCGCGCGGCACCGUCAUUGUCGAAUUCUGCUUUUCCCGGUGCUCGCAAUGAAUGGGCGGCGAACGAACGACCCCGAGAGUCGGUAUUUCUGGAAUCGUCUGCACUGAUUCGCCCCGCCAGCCUCUAUCGCGACUGACUGAAAACGCAUGCACCUCGGCUCGGCGACACUGCCACAAAGAAUCAUCCGUAAUUAAGCGACCUGAACCAGGUGAAGAAGGGCAAAAUGACGGCUACAGAUGCGGACUCGCAUGCCGUGUGCUACAGGAUGCUCGAAGAAUUGAUGCAGGACACGGACGCCGUCGUCAUGGACCUCAAAAGGCACGCCAUCAAGCAGAGCUGCGGUGGCGGCAGCGUUACCAGCGUCUUGAGUGUUGUCCCGCCAGCUGCGCCGCUAGACGGAUGUCUCAGUCCGCAGGAAGACGAGCAGGUGGUUACUAACGGUGGCAAAGCUGGGAGCAGCGGGAGCGUCGAUGACGGAGGCAGCUCGACGGACGAGGCUUCGGAUGUCCCCGGCGUCGUGGUAGCGCGUCGCGGGUCGCCGGUCAGCUGCUGUUGCGGCGACAACCGCGGUUUCAACGUAAGGGACAACCAGAGAGACGACAUGACUGGAAUCGUGGUGGCCAAUGGCGGCAGGUUCCCCUGCCUGCACAUCGGCUUGACUGGGCUCCGCCACAACCGGCGUUACUUCCUGGCGCUGGACUUCGUCGAAGUGGGCAGCGGGGGCGGCGACGGUGCCCCUCUCUACAGCUUCACCGAGCCCUACUACACGCCGAGACCCAACAACCUGUCUGGCUUACAGUGGAUGGGCAGCGUACUCUACUUCAAUCUAAACUCCAUCGCCAACGGUGGACUGCAGGAGAGCGGCACGACGCUCAAGGUCGGCGGCGAGUACGAGCCGACGCUGCGGCUGCUGGAGCUCCGCGACGACCAGUGGCCGUCGGGCAACUCGGCGGUGCGCUUCCCGCUGCGAGGGACCGCCUUUCUCGUCGUGUCGCUCAGCAGCGAGGUCCGCAUGAACAGAACGGCACUGGCCAGCGAGUUCUUGCUCGUCCGCAAGUCUGAGAUGUCCAGGGGCCGUUUCCCCGCUCAACAGCAGCAGCAACCUCAGCAACCGCAGCAGCAGCAGGAGUGCUGCCGCACCAGUCCCCCCACGCGCAGCUUCCUCGAGCCGACCCCCAUGACUCCAACAACGCCGCAGUCUGACUGGCGCCGGCUCCUCGAGCUCCGUGUGGGGAGUCACCAGGCCGUAGCCGCAGCAGCAGCAGCCGCCGCGGCGAGCAGACUGAUGCGCACGGCAUCAGCGCCCCACAGCCUGCAGGCACUGCCCGUUGUCUCGGACCCCCUGUCGGUGGGCGCAGGCAACGCGCCGUCCUCGCUGCGGCCCGUGUACGCGUCAACGAAGUCCGUGGUGCACGACCACUUCUCCGGAGGCGUGUGGAAGUCGCUGCCCCCUCAGCCGCAGCCCAGCCACCAGCCGACACAGCCGCAGCCGCCGGUCGGCUCCUGGCACUCGUCGGCGCGGCAGUCGCACAGCUGCCUGGCGCCGGGCGCGCACCUCGAACUGGGUGCCUUGCUGCACCAGAACAGGGAGACCCUAUCGUCGCUGGUCCACCACAGCGGCGGCGUCGUCUCCCAGCCCAGGCCCCCGCUGUCCGACUUUAACGGCGGCCGAGGCAACGGCGGGUUGCUCGCCGCGGAACCUCGGCCCUCGUUGCCGCCGUUCGGGGGCUCCUCCUCGGCAGCUGCGGUUGCGGUCGCUGCACACGCCCUCCAGGAGUGCUGGACUCGCGGCAGCGCGCCCAGCGCGGCGACCCCGCAGCAGCUGUUUCGCCUCAACUACGACCUGCUCCCCUCCGGUUGCCUCCACUGGCUCGCGCUCGCCAGGAACAGCGUGGUCAGGCCGCAGGCCGUCGCCCCCUCCGCCCUCGACCAUGUGCAGCAGUUGCAGCAGCAGCAGCAGCAGCAGCAGCUUCAACAACAGCAGCAGCAGCAGGCCAAGCAAGACAUGGGCGUGCAGACUACGACGACGACGACCACUACCACCACCGCCAACAGCAACUUCUCCAAUAUGGCGCCGUGUCAGGAGGAGGCCGAACUGGUUGUUACCGACCCCUGCAUUGGCCCGAAUGCGGCUGCCUCCGCGGUGCCCGCAGCCGUCACUGCGUCGUUCGCCACCGCGCCGCAUGGCAGCGCCUUCUACGCGUCGGCUGCCGCAGCAUCGACAACUUGAAGCCCGUGCCCCAAUAGUUCUGCGAAUUGUCUUCAGAAGAGCAUUUAUAUACGUGUGUAACUACACUGUUUGCGUCGAACAAUCACGCCUAUACGUUCAUUCACACGACUAAUCCCAAAAGUAACUUAAAAUAAUAUGUAUGUAUAUAACUGAUCUUAUGUUCGGUUGCACACCGAUGGAUGAACCUUUUUUUUUUACUUUGUUGUU